GUGGUGGGAGGGGAGGGAACAGAGCUGGUGACAGGCAGCCACCAGAACAGCAGUCCUGGCUGCCACGAUGUCCUGCUGCAGCUCUGAGUACCUGUUACUUCACGUACUGCAUGUGAUUUAAUUUCUUUUCUUAUUUAUUCUGGACCUGUGUCUGUGUUGGGUGGUGUUCAUUCCAUUUUUCCCAUCUCAGUUCAGACAGCUGCUCUGCUCUAGCAAAGCUCAGCUCACAGCGUUCCCUGGCUAGCUUCUUGAACCAGCCUGGAUCAAAGCUGUGAGAGCUGGCUCAUUGCCACUGCCUAUGUGUAAAUGAGUUUUUUUUCUUUUCCUUUUCCCUCCACCAUGUUUCAUUAUUAUUCCUCUUCCUAAGGCAGGUUUUUCUGGCUGAUCCAGCACAUUAUUUAUAUCAGCGAUAUGUGCUUCAGGGCAGAGAUGCUUUUUCAGCAUUUACAUGGCAAAUACCUGAUGCACCCCACUGCCAUGCAUGUGGCUUGGAAAAACUAACGAUGGUGUUGGCAAGGAUGAGAGCCUCCAAGGCCAACUGUUGCAGAAUUUAAGCCCUGUUAGGCACAGUCUCUGAUUCAUAUGGUUACUUCAGUUGCCUGGCAAAAGAAAAUGUACUGUUCCUUCAUGUUCAAAACCAGAGGGAAUAGCAUACAGAGAAGUGUUGCAGCCAGAGUAGGAAAGUGAUAUAUUAGUUCUGAGGAGUCAGUUGAGCCACCUGUGUGACUAUUAGCUGCAUCUUUCUCUGGGUUCACCCAAGGGAUGGUGGGUGCCACGAGCUGAAAAGACACAGUCUGCUGCCAAAAGCAAAUGAAAACAAUGAAACUCAACUUCAGAGUGCCUUGCUUCCAGUUCUGAAUUGCAGAGGACUUGGUGGUGCUGAGGGAGAACAUGAUGGUGAGUGGGAGCAAAAGGUUCCCACACUGUCUUCGGGAAGAGAAGUAACCCCCUAAGACAAGAUAGCAUCUGUAUGUGGCAGAACCCGUGCAGGGCUUACACCUUUCUUUGGAGAAAGUGCACACGGUGAUAAGGAGAAAUUCCUACGGAAAGAGGUAUUUAAGCCCCAGUCUAGACUGUCUUGUGAUGCAGAGAUGAAGAUUUGCUGGAAGCUUUUCAGAGCAAAGCAGACUUGCCAAAAACCAUCCAAGCAGUGUAGGCGAUGAGUGUAGGCAGGAGAGACUGUAUUGCUUUUUCAGAACUCUUUUAUCUCUAUUUUUCUAUCCCUAAGCUCUUGGAGAAUGUUGAUAAAUACUAGAGGUGGAGCUAAGGAGAUGCUCUCAAGCAUAAACUGAGACACUUAAUCUGCACGAUACAGGAAUAUGUUUGUGUUUAUAUCUGGAUUCAAAAUGUUUAGCUCCUAAAUCAUUUGCCCCCAAAUGUUCGGGUACCUGACUGCCACUGGUUUCAGAUGAGAGUUAAAUUUCUAUCAGUCCCCAGAGAUUUAACAACGAAAUACCUCAGGACUAUUGAAAAUGUGAGAAAGAGCACUUGGAUUUUCUGUAGUACAGCCACUCCUAAGCUGCAGAUGGCAAGCCACUGGUGAUAACUGGAGAAGACUUUUAUCUUCUCCCAGGCUAGGAGGGGCAAGGAUUGAGGUAGGUCUCUGUAUUUUGGGUAGCUGUAAUCAAUCAGCCGAUCCUCCCUUACUGUGACACAACACGACAUAAGUUACCUGGCAAUUCAGGUAACUUAAGGACAUAAAGCUCUGCUCAAAUAAAGCAUCAAGGCCACACUCCUUUGCAGCCAAAUACAAAAGCCAAUAUGAAGGUGCUAGGAUGAUGUCCAUCCCAGCUCACUGAGCCAAAGCUGCUUGAUGCUGUUGGAAUGGUUGUGAUCUCAGGUUCUGAAGGAGUUACGAGAGGAAAUGUCAACUGAAAAGGACAUAUCUGUGUUGUAAGUCAUCCCCAGCACGUGUUCUUAGCUCAGCCCUGUGUUUGCUGUUAGUCCUGGAUGCUUUCAGUCUCCCAUGCAGUGCUGGAAGCUCUUUGCUCCAAAACUAAGCUCUGCUGCAGUAGAGGGGAUUUUUGUGCCCAUGAUAAGAGGCCCCACAGCUAUGACUCACAGUUCCCAUUACGUUACAACUCAGCCUUUAAGUGUGCAGAGAGCCUGCCCCUUGGCUUUCAAACAAAGUCUUCCUUUGUUGUGCUUAUGUUAUGAAGGAAGCAAGCAUCUGUGUUCACCCCACACAUCCCAAAUGAAAACCACGUGGCUUCACGGCCCUCACAUGUGUGUUUGGUACUUUUGCUAACAGCACUGCAUGUUACAUCAUUCUUAUCCCAUUAAAUCUUUCCAGAGUUUUUCUUCCUAGCAGUCACUUUACAAACUGUUCAGGGAAGGAAAAAGCUGAAAGGUCUUUUGUUGGUGAGUAGAGGGGACUGAGCAAAGAGCACAAGAGAAUUAUUACAUACAGUUGCAUGUAGCAAUAGCCUAGUCUCUGAGUCACUCCCUUGGGUGGAAAUGGCUCUGAGCUAUUGGAAACAUGGUACAAAGGUGGGAUGAUUUGUUUUCUUAUAAGGGUUUAUUUUUCUCUUCUGGUUUUUUUUUUUUGUUAAUUCAAACUGUUUUUGAAAAGCAGGGAUAGCCAGCAGUACUCUGCAGCCAACAUAUUUGUGUGUGUACGUGUCUCUUGGCAGUUUUUAGGUUUAUGACUAGCAAGCCAAGAAUGGGCUUAUUGGUUCCCAGAGUAUUUGUGUUGUUUCUGCUGUUCAUUUCUAGAGCCACUGUGUAAUGAAGUUAGAGGGCCUGAUUCUUCUUGAAGAUGCUGGCAUGAAAUGCAGACUGCUUCUGCUUAGACUGGGGGGUUAUCCUAGGGAAAGCAGAGGAAGCAGUUGUGAGAGUAGCGAGUUUCUUAGUGAGAACAGAGGAAGUCUUCCAGUAAAAGCGUUCUUUACUGCUCUCUUCUCUUUCCACACUCCACCCAUCCCUGCAGAGGCUUUCAUGGUCUGGUGUUUCUGCUUCAUUUAAGGAACUGUAUUGUAUUUUACUAAAAAGCUGGGACUUCAGGCAAUCGAAUAAAGCGUUGUUUUCAUUUCUGUGGUGAUGUACUUGCUACAAUAGUCAGCUUUAAAAUAUUGUCCCUACCCAACUGUUUGAAUAAAAACAGCUGUAACUAGUUAUCAAAACAAUAGUCCAAUAUCACAAAGACCAUCAGUCUCAUCUAGCAUUUCUGAGCCCUAUUUAAGUCCUAUUUAUUUUUGGGCCUGUUGAUCUCCUGAUGUGACUGUUACUUUGUCACUGAGUCAAGACUAUGACGGAGAUCUCAGAUCAUGCAAAUUCCCAGCCUGCAAUGACAAUUUAUUUUUGCUGGUUUUGGUUCAGCCUCUCAGCGUGGAGGUGUCUGGCAAUUCAAGGCAUGUGCUUUCUACUAACCGUAGUAUAUAAAUGCUCGAUGUUACACAACUGAAAUGGGGCCUCAUAGUGUCACACGUAAAACAAUCAUUCUGCAAGUUACAACUGAGCUGUGCCUAUAUACACCUGCACACCUCUUAGAUGUGCUGGAGUGGUGUAUCCCUGCUGGGAAACCAGCUUUCUAGUAAUGUUUCCUCCAGCUCUUUGCAUACUGAAGCAUCCAUAUCACUGAAUGUUUAAUAUGCAGUUAGAUCAGGUAUAUAGGGAUGCAGGCAUUAUGUUUGCUGUAGGACAAGGAGAAUCAAAAUAACUGCUGCCUGAUUUAAUGACACUGCCUAAGUUUUCUUCACCUUCUUGGGAAUUAACUGGAAGGAAAAGAAGGCAGGUUUAAACAAAUAUCUUGGCAAUUGAUCCCUUUUUGUGUUCACACCAUGAGGUGAAUGUCCCCUAUGAACCAGUGAGCCAUGGCUGCCAGUGCAUGCAAAGUCGUGUGACCAAGAGUGUGGCAGCCAGAGCAGAUUCCAUUGUGAGCAGUGACAUUGCUCCUUACAUUGUGGUUGACACUAUCAGACUUUUGGUAGAGAGGGGGGGGGGGGGGGGUCAUUGUCAUUUGUGUCCAUCUGUGCUGAUGAAAGGUUGUGCAAGGGAGUGACCUGGCUCCCAUCAUAGUUGGUUUGAGGGGGAGGAAGAUGGUGAGGUUGGUAAGCCAAGGGUUUUUUUUAUGUCUUAGUGCGUGUCUUUUCUCCUCCUAAAAACACAAAAGUUUAGUCUAUUCUAAUUGUUCUCCUCUCAGUUAACAGACAAAAUUUAUUCAGCUUAAAAAGCCAAGCUGUUCCUGGCCAGGAUCCUACCACAACAGCUGAGUGCAUGGGUGGGAGCCACAUGCACACUUCCUACCUUUCCCCUCACCCAUCUCUCAGAGCGAGCAGUGUGUUGCAGUUUGUAAAAACCCUUCCUGACCAUAGCAGGGGGAGCUGAGGCAGUGCACAGCCAGCCCUUGUACUGCUUGCUGGUAAGAGCUGAGCUGGCCUGCGGAGUCAAAUAGCAAAAGGACAUUGAGGCAGAGUGUUGAAAAACAUACUCCUCAUGCUAUUAGUUUUAUCUCCUGAUCUCCAUGGGCAUUCCCUCUCGUGUCCAGCCUUACAUAGCAGCAGUGAGUGCUUUGAGUGGCUCUGUGUUCGUUUAGCAACUAUCGCAGCUGUCCUUGACAGUGGCUGCUAGCUGCUGGUGGUAGAAGUGGGGUCAGAGUCGUGUUCUUUCUGUAUAUACAGGAAUGAUGUGGUGCUGCUGAAAUGCUGACUUAGAAAUACCCAGAUAAAACCCCACUCAUAGAUGAAACUGAAAAUCUAGCGAGUACCGUAUCUCUUUAGGUUUUGGAAAAGAGCACUAGAAGGCAAAUAACUCUGUAUAUGCCAAAAAGGGAACUCUUUGUACUAUCCAGGUUUUAGGGACAGGGGAAGAGGGGUUGUAGGAUAUUAUGGCAAUGUCUUACAAAUGCAUCCACAUGCAGAGAAAGCUGAAGCAGGAGGGGAGAGCUUCUAAUCUUAAGUGCUUCUGCAAGAAGAAAAGAAAUAGUUUAUUCUACUUUUACUCACAGUUUUUUCUGGUAAGUUAGAGAUUCAAACUGCAGUAAGGAGGAGUUUAUGAGACAUGAGGAAAAGCUUCCUGUUGGCAAAGAUAAUGAAUGACUGGAAGACAUGCAAGAGGGUCCUCAGCCUCCCCAGGGCAAGUUGGGCACUCCUCUGCUUGGAGUGGUGCUAGCCAAGUCACUGCUUGCUUGGAGCUUUGUGGGUCCUUCCUGUGCAGCCCAUAAUGUAUCUUCUGGUCUUGAGGUCAAUACAGGCCACAUAGUAGUGUCUGCCUCCAGAGCAAUGUCAGUGCUGUUCACGUGCUUAUCCACUUCAAAUCUCCCCAUCUUUGGGAAGGGAGGGCUCCCUAGUCCUGUACACAGGAUGAGCAUCAGCAUUUCCUUGGAAAUAACUGAUCUGGUGACCUCACAGGAAAAUAUUGCUUCCGAAUGUCCACAGCAGACCUGUUGGGCAGGAUGUCCGACUGGGGCUGUGCAACUUGACCCCAUUGGCACCACAGCAGGCCUGGGACAGGAUGUUCACAGAUGUUGAGAAGGCUGAUGUUCUCAAACAAGCAGUAAAACAAUGGUUAUUGGACAAGUGGCCUUGUCCAACUGCUGUUCUGUGGCCUCGCAGCUGACCUGGUGUGGGGCUUCCUAAACAUGUUUGAGAAGGCAGUCACACUGUCAUAGGUAUCUUGUGCAGUCCUGAGCAAGCCAGCUGGAUAGGUCUGUUUUUAGACAUGGUUAUGGUCUCACUGUCCAGGCCUCUGCACCUCAUGCGUUGGUGUAUUCAGUCCUUUCCACUGGUUGCUUUAGUAGAGGCAAAGACAAAACCUGUCCCCACCAGUCCACACUCAACCAGCUGUGACAGUUACUCAUUUCAUGAAUGUUCUGCACGCUGCUUAUAAGCAUAAUCUAUAGAGGGUGAAACAACAGCACAAGUUUGUGCUGCUCAAACUCUGUAUUGCUUUUUGUGGCACCUGUUUUUUUCUGGCUGGGCUGCGGGUGCUGCAGGUGGCUGCAUGCUCAAGAGAAGGCAGGAACCUUUGCCAGUGCUCCAUCUAGAGUUGAGCUGUGCUGGCUGCCAUCAAAGCAAUGUGUAGCAGCUCACAAUGGAAUGGAAACUGAAGCAUCUCCAUUGUUGUAUACAUGUCUGGGGACAUUUUCUCAUUGCAGCGGUGGGGUCUGGGCAGGCGGAAACCAGCUGAAGAUUCCUGUCUGAGCCCCUAGGCUUUCGCUGUCUAUGCCAGGAGCUGUCCUCACUUGAAAACUGGACAUGAUUAAUACCUAUGCAGCCAGGUAGGAAACGUAGACUGGUGCAAUUUGCCCUUGGUCACUUUCAGGCUUUGUUUCACUGUGUCGGCUUCUGCAUAUUUGCCUCAGUUGCAGGGCCACUCCAACCUCCCCUUGGGUCCACUGCCUUGCCAGCCACACUUGGCUGACUCCAGUGGACCUGCAAGCUCUUGUUUCAAGAUAAAAUGUUUGGGCAUGAUGCCUCCCAGGAGCAACUCUACUGGCAGUGUCCAUCCUGUCAGGUAACCUUCAGGCCCCAACAAAUGCAGUGCUAGCAUAGAAGGCCCCACUUGAUUCUGGUCUGAAGUUCUUCACCAGAAUGGCACUCAGCUUCUGCCCACCCAAUAAAAUGCUUCUGCAGUAAAAAUGGUCUCAAGAACUAGGCAGGUUUGACUGAAGUCCUGUCAAGACCAACUCCUCAGUUCCUGAGAAAGCUCAGGUCAAAGCUGAAGAGCACCAUAUUGACAUGAAAGCAGCCAGAUGAUGAGUGCAGCCGCCUCAAGGGCUGGGAAAGAGACUUAAACUUCAAUUACUGCUGCCCGUCCUGAAUUUGGAGGAAGGCUUUCAGGGGAAGUUUGUCAUCAGAGUACAAGGGUAUUGAUGUGUGCUCUGUUAUUAAAUGUGUACAAAUAAAAUCAUACCCUGAAUUAUUUUGUUGCUGUUCCUCUUCUUAGCACAAAACUGGCCAAAUUUGAGCAACAUGUCUUUGCCAUUAGCUGCAGAGAACCACUUCAAUACCUUUACCAUUUUAUUGCCCUCUCUAGAAGUACCUUUGCCUUUUUCCAUGAAUAUCAAUUUAGCACAUGUCUAUCUCUGAAUCUUUAUUUGUAAGCUGGAAGAAAAACUGCCCUCACUAUCUGUCCUGAGUCAGCAAAGGUCUUUUGCUCUGUAAAUAUUGAUAGGGAGAUGGUAGAAAAACAGCAGCGUCAGGGGUGUGAGGUUGACUAAUUCAAGUGCAUCUUUCCAAGUUUUUGUCAGGAACAAUAAUACUGACAUGCAUCUCUACAAUUCCCAUUGCUCUUUGAGUUUAUAUGCUUCUUAUAGUUCAGAGCUUGAAGUCCUCAAGUAACAAGGCCUUGAAGUAAGAAGAAACUUAAUUUCUCUCUGCUGCUGCCAAGUAUGUACCUGCAGAGGCAGUACUGUUUGCAAACUGAAGAAGAGCAUAGUGUGUCACAAAGGGCUUUCAGCAAACUUAAUUCUGGAGUAUUUUUUAUAUUAAAGAUGUUCGUUUUUGUCUUGACUAGGUCCUCAUCAAUACAGCACAAGCAUUUUCAUGCCAAAAGGCAAUUUGUUUUCUGUUGCAACAGGGAGGGAAUCAUGGAGCUCCCAGAAGCUCAGCAAUGAGGGAAUACGGCUAGGCAGGCCUGAAACCUCCAAGUUUGGAAUUUGUUUCUUUCCAGCAAUAAAGUCCAAGCGAAGCGAAGGAACUGCCAUGCCCAUGGGAAUCUUCCGAGUGUGCCUAGUGGUGAUUACAGCUAUUGUCAACCACCCACUCCUCUUCCCUAAAGAGAAUGGCACUGUCCUCGAGAAUACAGAAGAAAUCAUCCAGAAGAUGAAGGAGCGGGAGGAGAUCCUUCGGCUAGAGAAGUUGCGCUUGGAACAGGAAAUUGAAGGUCAGGAAGCUGCACAGAAGGUUCUGGAAAAAGCAGCAAAAGUAGUGGAGGAUGUCAAAGAGGAAAAGGUCCAAUGGGAUAUGUGGACUGCUCUUUCCAUGGUCAUCUUCCUAUUGAUUGAGCUCUGGAGGCAGGAUUUCCAGGAGGGGAACUGGCAGGACACAGGAGCAGACGAGGAUGACAUGGCUGUCCUGGGGAAAGCAUUUAAAGGGGUGGCCUUCCCUGACAAGGCUAUCUUAGCCAGCUUCUAUGAGAAGCGCAUCCUGGGUACCACCGGAGACAUGGCCAGAAUGCGGGAAAUGGUGGAAGGCUUUGCAGAUGACCUGCUGGAGGCCUUGAGGAGUGUUUGUAACCGGGAUGCUGACAUGGAAGUGGAGGACUGCAUGGGUGUGGGGAGCAUGUAUGAGAAUUGGAGAGUGCGUAAACCUUUUGUCUGCGAUCUGAUAGUGCCUUUUGCACCCCCAGAGCCAUAUUGUUUCCGGUCCCAGAUAUGGUGCUCUGGUGACUCUUUUCCCCCAGAUGAACAAGGUUACGGCACUAUCAAGGUAUGCAGGGCAGAUGAGGAUGAGACAGGUUGCAUCUGUGACAAGACUAAACUAGGAGAAGAUAUGCUGUGCCUCCUCCAUAGCCAAGGCAAUACUACCAGACUCAGCAGUGAAAUGGAAGACCUCCUGUGCUUCAAAAAUACGCAAUAUCUCGAUGCUGACCAAGUCAUGAAGUGGUUCCAGAUUGCAGUCACCAAGGCCUGGAACAAAAUUUCCCACAAGUAUGAAUUUGAUCUGUCUUUUAGCCUCUUAGACUCCCCAGGAGCCCUGAAGAUAAAAUUUAGAUCGGGGAAAUCAAUUGCCUUCAACCUCACCCCUGUGGUGCAGUACGAGAACUCUGAUGUUUACUUCAUCUCUCAUUUCCCUCGGAACUGCCUGGCAGCAGACCUCCCCUCCAGCACUCACUGGUUCCUCACCUUUGCAGUGUAUGAGCGGAGGUUCAUCCAGAUGAUCUCCAAAAUGUUGCCUGCCAAUGCCUGCCAUGUCAGCUGCCUUCAGAUCCUCUCCUUCCUCCACGGGAAGCAGUGCAGCCUCACAGGUCCAAGUGGGCUCACCAACUACCACCUGAAGACAGUGUUGCUGCAUCUGCUGCAGACACGUCCAAGUCAGGACUGGGCCCCAGAGAAGUUGGAGGCCCGUCUGCAGGACAUGCUGAAAUUCCUGGAGAAAUGUUUGCAUGAAAAGAAGCUCUACCACUUCUUCAUUGGCAAUGGGAAGGUACCAGCAGAGCUGGGCUUCCCCAUCAUAUUCCAGAGGGCUGAGCCUCUCAACCUUUUCCGUCCCUUUGUUCUACACAGGGAUGUUUACAGAAAGACAAUUGACACAUUCCAUGAGAUGCUCAGGAACACAUCUGCACUGAUAAGUGAGUACAUGGUGCACAUUCCCCAUGUACAAACCAACGGGAUCCACAAGGAAUCUGUUUAACCAAAGCCAGCAGGAAAACACUUGUUCCUGUAAGCACAAACCCAGAGUGCAGCUUUCCGAAUACGGAGACAACUGACUUUGCCGGUGCAGCUUGUUGUCUGCAGCUGAACCAUGUCUGUGUCAUGGUUUCUGCAGUAAGGAAGAUGGGAUGAGAGGAGAAUGGAGAGAAACUGGAAGAGAUGGUAUAAAAGUAAGUUCCUGCUCCACAGUUGGGCUGGCAGGGUUUUAUGCAGCUAAGAAUAUAUUUUUCUAUUGUGCCUCGGUCAUGCUACAGUGGUGAUGAGCAAUGAACGUGACUAAUUUAUUCUGGUGCCUUCAAAGCGGUGGCGAUCUGCUUGCAGACAGGACAGCAGGGGCUCUGAGACCUAUGGGAGGUGCAACAUGAGCCUCAGCUGGGAAGGAGAGUCACUACUGAGGUCAUGCACAAUUCUAGACUGGAUGAGAGACCUUUAAAUCCAGCACAGCUCUUUAAUUGAAAGGGAACAGUGGAUUUAAAAAGUGCAUUUUGAUAGGACUUGCAGCACUAAUUUCAACAGUCCUGUCCAUCAAAACCACUUCUGUGCUCCAAACAUUUUUUUUCCCUGAGAGGAAUAUAACAGAGCAGUCAGCAGGAUCAGUGUCUUGAGACCAUUUCAUUUGUGUUUUCCAUUUUCUUCAUAGUAGCACAAUGAGUGUAUUUUAUUCUUGGCCAUUUUCCAUGGAUGAAUGGCCAGGAACCUUAUUUACGUCAUAUAAGAGAGAAAUGCUGUUAUUGGGUUCUGGCUUGUUGGUUUAUUUGUUUGCUUUUCUUAUCUCCAGGCAGCAAGUCUGAAAACUAGCAAAGAGAUAAAUGAUUGCUGCAGAGUUUGCUUUUAUUAAAGAGGAAACUCCUCAAAAUUAUUCUGUAAUAAGCCCAAUCUCAGGAGUCUGAUACCAGGAGAAAACUCACUAUCCAAAUGAGAGAGCUUAGCCCUCUCAGCAUGGUUUUACUGAGGCCAAGACAGCAAGAUGGCUCUGAAUUAGGAGGAGAGUUGCAGGAGUUGCACAUGUGGCAGAACAUGGCACUGCUGUCUCCGCAGCUCUCUUGUGGUGUACCAUUCCUUUCUGCUGCCAGGUACCCAAGUAAAAGCUACCUGGUUGACUCAUUAUCAGAUCUCCUCAAUCCAUCUCAAGGUUGCUGCUUUGAUGAUGUUUACUCUUGGGAACCACAGGUAGCAAACUAUAAAUUUUUGCAUCCUCUCUUCCUUUUUCCUUUUACAAACCAUCUCUCCACAUCCUUCAUGCCUGCUUAUGUCUGUCCCCCCACUAUUGAGGGACAUUUUCUACACCAAAGCAAAGCAAACUGCAACACCCAUUUCCACAGCUGGUUCACAAGAAAGCACUGGUGGGGACAGGGAGUUCUUGGCUCAAAUUGCAGUUUUCCUUGGUUUUUAUCAUCACAGCUAUGGGAUGCUCUGAGUAGAAAAUGGAGUAGGAAGCAAAAGGGGAGAGAAGAGGCUGGUUGCUACUGCCAAUAGGAAAGUCUCAGAUCGUCAGUGCCUGGGAGACUGCCAGGGCUGGAAGAGCAACAGGACAGGGCUAAUUGCUAACACUGACUGCUGUAAGCUACUGGCUUUCAUCAGUUAAGUAAGUCUUCACUAGUGGGAAAGAGAGCAGGAGCAAUUGCAGGGGACGCAGCAAACAGGUAGUGACAGGCAGAGGUGUGUGGCCAGGGGAGUGGGUGGGGGGGUGAAUAUUGGAGCAUUGAGGCUCCUUUAGAAGCCACAGAAGUUGUUUGCAAACCCAAGCCAUUUGCUGCUUCUGCCUGCUAGGUUAACUGUGCAGUGCCAGUAGCAGAUCCAGCUUUGCAUGGAAUGCCUGCAGGGAGGUCGUGCUCAAGUAGUUGUGGUCUGAGUUGCUUAUAAAUUGUCCCCAGCCGAGUGAGAGAGAAAUGAAUAUUUCUAUGUCGUUUCCUGUCAGGCAUCUAAAUUUAGCCUAUCCAAAGAACAGAAACAAAUUUGUAACCCAGGUCUCAGAGGAAAUGACACACAGGGUUGAAAAAUAACUUUUAUGUAAGGUUGAGCAGGGGAAGGUUGAGUUGAAAAGGCUAUUUAACAGGAUAAUCAAACUUUUCUCUUAAAAUGGAGGAACAAAGCUGUGUAACACCAGCUCUACAGGCACAUAAACAGGCCAAGUCUUGCCUUUGCACACCUCAGAGCACUGCUGCUUAGACUUAAAGGGAACCUAAACUGAUAAGUGCACCGAAUCUUUUGUCCUUCAUUUUCUGCAUGUGUGUGCAUGUUUGCUUUUAAACUCAAACUCACCCUGAAGUGUUCCCGUGGGGUUUGCUUGAACCCAGGCUGGAGCUGAUCCAAGGUAUUUAUGGAUUUGGCUCCCCUGGAAGCAAAUUCCUGGGCACAAUUUGUCUAUGCGUAUGCAAUAUGCUCAUUUUGCCCUGAGCAUCUUUUACAAGAUUUGGUCUGUGCAUUCAGGCUACGAGGAAAUAAGCUGUGCUACAGUAAGCCUCAGGGCAGAGGUCUUUGCCAGCCAUAUAUCAAUAUAUAUAUGCUAGAGUUAGAUACUUGUUCCACCUGGGGUGAUGUGGGCAAACAGUAUUUCUCUUGAGCAGACCUUUGCUGUACCACGUUGUGAAUAACAAAAUUUCCUGGACUGCCUUAUUUCUCCUGUAUUAAGUCUUUUACACACCAGGUACAAGGCCUUUCAGUAAAAGGCCAAACUCAGGUUUCAUUAAGGAGGGGUUUAUUAUAAGACAGUUCAGCUCCAUCAGCUGUCAGCCAGUAAAGUGUCCUAAGAUCUUUUAGUGCCACCCACACGUAGUGCUGCCUUGACUGACAUCUUGCGGGGAAUCCAUAGGAAGGGGCUUUAAAGGGAGAGGGUGGAGGUGAGGUUUUGUGAUUUUAAGUGAGUAACUUUCUUUUAAAACAGUGUACAACAUAAGUAAUGAAUGCACAUCACUAGUAAUACCCUGAGCUCCUUGAGAGAUCCUAAGGAAGAGUAAACUGCCCUUCCCAGACCUCUUUCUUGUGUCUCAGUGCUGUUCUUGCUUUUUGCUGACCAGAAGAAUUAUGCAACUGAAUUCCUAUUGCCUCUUCUGGUUUCCAACCACUCCCUCCACCCUCAAUUUGUGGUUUUAAUACUUUGUUAUAGGUUUGCCAAAGCAAUGGAAUUAGUAGUGGCUUGAUAACAACCACUGAUGUACAACAUAGCCUCAGGAGCCGUUCACCUUUAGGAAAUGUCUCGGUCUAAGUUAUUGUUGCUGUUCAGGAGGCAAAUGUCCUCUAAGGGGAGCUGUUACUUCACUCUUUAUUACGUGCCAACCACAGAACAUGACUUUCUCCCUCUCUGGUUUGCUCUGUAUACAGGUCUUACAGGGCUGUAAAGAUGGAUUUCAGCAAAGGAAUCCAAAACUUCUUCGUCAUUCAAUUAAAAGGAUUUGGUGUUUGUUCACCUUAUGUUUUUAAUGCAGAGCCUUUGCAUUGUUUUUUUCAGUGGUGAAGAAAUGGGAAUUUACUCACUUUUAACAGCUUAGCUGCUGGUCACUGAGUUCUUCUCAUAGGAUCCUAUGUGAUAAGUGGCUUUAUUUAUUACCUGUCUUUUUUUGUAGGAUUUUUGUUCUGGGGUGUAGUUCAGAAUUAAAAUUGUAGUAUGAAUAGCCAUCUUGGCAACACAGAUGAGAUGAAUAAUAAUAUUAUAACUUUUCACCUAAAUUCUUCCUUGAUUCAUGAUGCUGUAUUCAAACCGCUGCUUUUAUAGCAGGACACUGUUGAAUUUGUAUAGAUCUUCUCUUGCAGCUUUAUUUAUAAUAAAGGAAGUCUUGUACAAAUUCUAA